AUGAGUAUUAUCCAAGACAAGCUAGGCAACGAGUUUCUGCGAGGCAAUGGAGGCAUGGACCCCAACUUUACCCCGGGCAUGCUCAUGUUCAGCCACCUGCCGCCCGUCACCAGCUUCACCCGCCUGGCCUCGCAGUCGGUCAUGGGGGGCGACCUUCCCCAGGAGAUGAUCCUGAAGAAGGAGCGCGACUCGCCACCCAACGCCCACGGCUUCCUUCACGGCAUGGGCAUCAAGCAAGAGCGGAUGAGUGAACUGGAUUACCGCAUGCCCCUUUAUAGCGGAGGUGGCGGGGGAGGAGGGCUGGGUGGCAGCUGUGGCGGAGGAGGGGGGGGCGUGGGUAAGGGCAACGAGAUGCUGGAGAUGCAGUUUGGUGGAGGCCACCACCACAACCAUCAGAACAUGCUCCUGCACGACCUCAGCCACGGCGAUGUCCGAAUGGGAGAGCCGGUGAGGGAGCCAUGUUUAUUUUUUAAUGUUGUAGUUUUAGUGGCUGAAAGGGGGCCUCCUCAAUAGAUAUAUUCUGUAGAGUUAAUCCAUGUAUGCUUUGAUCUUUUUGUAUUUGGGACUCCCUCUGUAAAGAUCAAAAUUAGUUAUCAGUAUAGCACCUAUCGCUCCUUUGAGAAUAUUAAAACUGUGCAUGAGGUAUCACAUCAUAAGAACGUAUCUGUUUACAUGGCCAACCUCCUCCUCAGCUUUGUCCUCAGAUGUCUGGAAGACCAGAGAAAGGGCCAAAAGAGUCGUCGGGAAGAAGAAGGAAGAGCAACAGCGAUGGGGAGGGGAAAGCCAGAAGAAAACGUGGAGAACCCAAGGUAGAACACAACACAUCUCUAGCAUUGACAUUAAUAUGCGUUUUAGAAUCAAAGCUACCAUAAAGUCGCACAACAGUUCAGUUUUGCUGUGGUCAGCUCAUGUUAACAACAGUUUGCCCCUUAAACAAUAUGUUGUUAAAACUUCGAUGUAAAAUUGCAAUCGGGUUAUUCUGACCUUUCAUUCUGUCCCGUCCCCGCACAGGCCAUGAUGCUGGACGGCGGGGGGACCGGCCUGUCUCCCAACUCCAAACCACACAUCUGCGAGCACUGCAACGCUGCCUUCCGCAGCUCCUACCAUCUCCGCAGACACGUGCUCAUCCACACAGGUGAGAGGCUUUCAGUGCUUUCUGCAUGGGAAUUAUUUUGUUCAUUAGGUGCAUUCGUUUUAGCUUGACCGUUGCACCGGGUGGCUGGAGUGUGCACUUUUUAGAUCAUUCUAUUGGUCCUAAAGUGAAAUCCUCACCCACCCAAGGCACAGGGUGAGCUAAAACGAAUGCAUCCAAUAUCACUGAUGACAUUUGUUUGAUGUUACAAAAAUCCUGUAAAUGCAGAGGUAAUCAUAAGGACUGAUGCUACAAAUAUCCUGUCAAUGCUGAGGUAAUCUAAAUCAAACAUUUCUUGCUGGAGGUUUGACUCAUUGUCGCGGUGAGAAAUUCUGUUUUAUAAUUUUUAUUUAAAUGGAAUGUUCAGCCAAAUUACAAAUGUGUGUCAAUAUAUACAUUUCUUUACCUUGAAAGUGGUCUAUGGACAAGGAGAGAAUGCAAUCCACGCUUUGGUUUCGGUAAACAAGACACUGCCCCCAAAGUGUUUUAUUGCCGAUUUUGUCCAAAGACCACUUUCAAGGUAAGGGAACAAAUAUAAAUGUGUUAUUUGGCUGAACUAUCCCCUUUAGGAUUUCACUGUUUAACUUACCCUAACGUGUUUGCUUCUUCUGCAGUGUUAAUCCAAAAAGUCAAAUUGAAUGAACUGACACUUGAAUAAAGCCAACUUCUGCUUUCCCCCACUGAUAGUCAAUUAAUGUGGAGAGUGGGUGAUUGUAUUUUUGAUCGCACAGGUGAGAGGCCUUUCCGGUGCAGUCAGUGUAACAUGAGCUUUAUCCAGAAGUACCUGCUGCAGCGGCACGAAAAGAUCCACAGCGGUGAGUCUUGACCUAUGACAGCCAGCGCUGUGGUCAAUUCCAUUUCAAUUUAGUCAAUUAAGGAAGUAAAGGGAAAUUCAGAGACAUUUGAAUUGAAAUUUCAGUUUACUUCCUGAAUUGAAAUGAUGCCAGCAUGCCAUUUAUUUAUGUAUUUAUUUAUGUAUAUAUAUAUAGUACCAGUCAAAAGGUUGAACACACCUACUCAUUCAAGGGUUUUUCUUUAUUUUUUACUAUUUUCUACAUUGUAGAAUAAUAGUGAAGACAUCACAACGAUGAAAUAACACAUAGAAUCAUGUAGUAACCAAAAAGGUGUUAAACAAAUCAAAAUAUAUCACUCUCCUUCUUGGUAAAAUAGCCCUUACACAGCCUGGAGGUGUGUUGGGGCAUUGUCCAGACCAAAGGACACAUUUCCACUGGUAUAAUGUCCAUUGCUCAUGUUUCUUGGCCCAAGCAAGUCCCUUCUUCUUAUUGAUGUCCAUUAGUAGUGGUUUCUUUGCAGCAAUUCAACCAUGAAGGCCUGAUUCACAAAGUCUCCUCUGAACAGUUGAUGUUGAGAUGUGUCUGUUACUUGAAGUCUAUGAAGCAUUUAUUUGGGCUGCAAUUUCUGAGGCAAGUAACUCUAAUGAACUCAUCCAUUCCUGUGGCGGUCCUCAUGAGAGCCAAUUUCAUCAUAGCGCUUGAUGGUUUUUGCGACUGCACUUGAAGAAACUUUCGAAGUCCUUGAAAUGUUCCGAAUUGACUGACCUUCAUGUCUUAAAGUAAUGAUGGACUGUCAUUUCUCUUUGAUUAUUUGAGCUGUUCUUGCCAUAUUAUGGACUUGGUAUUUUACCAAAUAGGGCUAUCUUCUGUAUACCCCACCCCACCCCCUACCUUGUCACAACACAACUGAUUGGCUCAAAUGCAUUAUGAAGGAAAGAAAUUCCACAAAUUAACUUUUAAGAAGGCACACCUGUUAAAUGAAAUGCAUUCCAGGUGACCAGCUUCAUGAAGCUGGUUGAGAGAAUGCCGAGAGUGUGCAAAGCUGUCAAGGCAAAGGGUGGCUAUUUGAAGAAUCUCAAAUAUAAAAUAUAUUUUGAUUUGUUAAACACUUUUUGGUUACUACAUGAUUCCAGGUUAUUUAAUAGUUUUGAUGUCUUCACUAUUAUUCCACAAUAUAGAAAAUAGUAAAAAUAAAGAAAAACCCUUGAAUGAGUAGGUGUUCUAACACUUUUGACCUGUAGUGUGUGUGUGUAUAUAUUCAUUCCUCAGGAGAGAAGCCCUUCAGCUGUGACCAGUGUAACAUGUGCUUCAUCCAGAAGUACCACAUGGAGCGACACAAGAGGACCCACAGCGGAGAGAAGCCAUACAGAUGUGACACCUGCCAACAGGUCAGUCAGUCACAAGGGUAACUAGGUUUUACCCUCAAAGCAGAUAAACAGAUUUUUGAUUGGCAACCAACCUGUGUUCAAAUUAGGGUAUUUCAAUUACUUUCAAACACAUUUCGAGGUAAGUUUUUGAAAAAAUGUAGUUGAAUAUUGGAAUGUAUUUGGAAAUAAUGUGUAUUUUCAAAUACAAAUAUGUAGCCCUUUACACUCACAACGGGUAUACGGGUUGAAAAUGGCAGAUUUGGUUACUGAUAAGCGCCUAAAUUGGAACACAGUAGCUGUACAGUAAUAUGCUGUACAUGAAGUCAGAACUCAGGGUCUCCGCUUUACAGCGAUGUAUGGGAUUCAACUGACAGCCAUUCUAAACGGACAGCCAUUCUAAACUUGAGCACUACUCGCAAAAAGAAUAUGCCCCCAUCCCUCCUGCUAAUUGGACUACUUUUGCGAAUGUUUUGUCUGAGUGAGGGGAAUGCUCUAAAUCAGUGUUCUGAGACGUUGUGAAUUAUUUUAAAAAAACACCGCUUUGAUGUGAUACACGCAAACCACACAUCCGUGAGUCCAAAUGUGCACUUUCACAUGUCCAUAUUAUACAACUUGUAAUUUGCAAUAUCAACAUUUAUGAUCGCUAUGUUUGAACAGUUACAAGGAUGACAUGGCAUCAUACCCUGGGUUCUUCUGAACAGAAUGAGCCUAUGUUUGUCGUAUUGUAAAGGAAAUUAGCAGUGGAACACGCACCAAAAUGCACUCAUGACUCCAUUCUAUUCCCAACAGAAAUAAUGUGUCUCUGAACUUCUUUGUGAAAACCUAACACUGUAAGAUCAUUUUGUAUAACUUAGCUAGUAGGGAUGGGCAUUUGAAAUGUUUUGAGUGUUCAUGUACUCAAAUGACAAAAGUGUGCUUUUAUUUAUAUAUAUAAUGAAACGGAAACAGAUAAUGAAUCAUAAUUGCCAAAUUGCCUCAUAGACACUGAGUGUACAAAACAUUAGGAACAACUGCUCUUUCCAUGACAGACUGACCAGGUGAAAGCUAUGAUCCCUUAUUGAUGUAAUUUGUUAAAUCCACUUCAAUCAGUGUAGAUGAAGGGGAGGAGACAGGUGAAAAAAAAUAUUUUUAAGCCUUGAGACAAUUGAUACAUGGAUUGUGUAUGUGUGCCAUUGAGCGGGUGAAUGGGCAAGACAAAAUAUUUAAGAGUCUGUGAACGGGGUAUGGUAGUAGGUGCCAAGCACACCGGUUUGAGUGUUUUAAGAACUGCAACGCUGCUGGGUUUUUCACGCUCAACAUUUUCCCGUGUGUAUCAAGAAUGGUCCAUAACUCAAAGGACAUCCAGCCAACUUGAAACAACUGUGAGAAGCAUUGGAGUCAACAUGGGCCAACAUCCCUGUCGAACGCUUUCGACACCUUGUAGUCCAUGCCCCAACGAAUUGAGGCUGUUUUGAGGUUAAUAGGGGGUGCAACUCAAUAUUACGGUGUUCCUAAUGUUUUGUACACUCAGUCAAUAAAGAAACAAGUGCCAUUUUAAGAUUCAUUUAUUGAAACCAUAAUAUCAACUGGUUAUAUUAUGGAACACAAUCUUCAAAAAGGUAGUAACCUCAGCAGUGGCACUUGCUUGUAGAAGCCUAUGGCUGUGCAAUGGCAUAGCAUUGUUUUGUUAAUUUAGUAGACAAUACCCUCUUAUUUCCCGAGCACUUAUCACAGUCGACACAUCUAUUUUAUAAUAAAAAAACAUGAUGUAAUAUAACAGAAUAAAAUAUAACAGAAUAGUGCGAAGUGAUGCGCAUCUCGCGUCUGGAACAGUUAUUCUCAAAGAGUGAUAAUUUGAAACAGGGCUCAAUUUGGUGAGUUGAAAGACCACAUUUUUCAGGGUCACAAACAAAUCUGUCUUUUCGAUAUACCGAUGUUUGAUUUAGUUCAUUCUGCCUGUUCUUUUGGAAUUUUCUAAAUGGAUUAAUAAUUCCACAUUGAACUGUGGGAUGAAAUAUGUUUGGUGAGUAGGCCUAGGCAUAAUGAUUCUGAUGAAAAUACGCUCUUUGUCAAACGAAUGUUUUUGCAUAUUUUCACUGUGGAACCUGUAUGUUUAGGGGGGGGAUAUAGCUUAGGCUAACCAAUUCUAAAUGGCACUAGCAGUUUGCAAAGUAGGGUCGCCACAAACCCCUGCUUUUUCUACAAUUUCUCUUCUUACAGUCUGAUUUUAAACCUAACCUUAACCACACUGCUAAACGUAUUACUAAUCCUAACCUGAAUUGAUGACCAAAAAGCUCAUUUUUGUUUUUAUAAAUUUUUACAAUAUAGGCAAUUUUGACUUUGUGGCUGUGGUAACUGGUGACAAUUGCAAAGUAGCCUAAGCGGAAAAUUAUGCAAUUAUUCAAAAACUGCAGCUCAUUGUUGGAACACGCAUUUCCUUACUUCAGUCAACCAGUCCAUUUUGAAUUUGUGAUAAAACUGUCAUUUGGCAUGGAAUGCUUGUGUAUCCCAUCGUUUUAAUAGGCAUUUAUUUCUGUAGGCGCACUCAGCACGCGUGUGUAGCUGGAGCGGUCGGAACGCAAUUGAGUGAGACGCUGAGGGGAAAGGGACUUUAGGGAGAACUGUGUGAUGCUUGGUUUCUUUUUUGUUGUCCCGUAAAUGCACAUCUACAAAUGGAACACUAAGCAAAUUAAUGUUGUCUUCAAGACAGCUGUGUUCCAAACAAACGACAAGUGUCCUUGCAUCAGUUUCUCACUGGCACAGCUAGGAGAACUCAAAAGCACCUAAUAGUUGAAGAUUCUUUCCUUGAGUCUUAAAAGGAAUUGUGCACAAUUCGGAAAGGUGUGUGUGUGUGUGUGGCUAUGUUGAGACACCAGUUAGACCUCUCAAUGUUGCACCUACCCCAAGUCUCCAUGAAUAUUCUUACUAUGUUACUGAAUGUAUCCAGGGUAAUUUCAGAUUUAGUUAUUGACUAAUGCUGCGAAAAGUACAGUAAAUGUACUGGAUUCAGUCUUGUGGUGAGGUCAGGUGAACUGUUGUGGAUUUCCAAAGUGUUCCCUUUCAAUUGCUACCAUGAUUAUACAUAUGCUUCUCAUAUUUAUUCUGUUAAAAACAUUUCCAUUUUAAUAUUUCUUCUGUUAAAAACAUUUCAAUUUGGGCCUAUCCAUAUAGGGCAAUUCCCAUGAGUGUAAAGGUUUAAAUACUCCAUUCAUUUGAACCAAGGUCUGCUUGGUCCUAGGCGUAUUUGAAAUAAUGUAUUUGGAAGUAAGUAUUUGAAAAUAGUUACAGCUAUUUAUAGGAAUUUAUUUGAAAAUACUAUAUAAUACGUAAAAUAGAAGUAGCUGAUUUGGCCACAUUAUUUGAAAAUACUAAAAUACUUAUUUUCUAUGUAUUUAAAGAGCAAAUACUUGAAUACACAUUUAUUUUGAACCCAGGUCUGAUUGACAAUAGUUAUUAAUGUCAGUUCUUGAUGUUAGACUGAUGUUUGCAGUUUAUCUUAAUCUAGCAUGUGUUUGCUCAAAAUAUCAUGGGUACUCCACACUGUUUGAUGCUUGCAACGUGCUCUGUCAUCACAGACGUUUCAAACCGUAGUGCUUUGUCGAGCGCUUUGGGUGCAUCUAACAGUGGGCCGAUGCAUUUUGCUGUCAUUGAUCCAUUUGCUCUAUCCAGUGACUAGAAAGUUUUAAAAUACUGUGUAUCUCCCCCGUUCCCCCUGUAGUUUUUCUCGAGGACGGACCGGUUAUUAAAGCACAAGCGGACCUGCGGAGAAGCCAUAAAGAAGGGCCUGGACCCCAGCAUGCUGGAGCUUGCCCACGGAGACAUGGGCCAGGGCAACUACUCACUCACUCAGGGAAACGCUACCGCCACCUCGGCAUGCAAGAGAGGCAAGUCCAAAAAUGUAGGCGAGGGCGGCGAUCGUAAGCGUAAGAAGGCUGCUGCCACCACCGCGUCAUCCGGGGGCCUGCAGGACUACGGCAUGGAGUGCGCCGGCCCCAGCCUGCAGGGCCGCUCACCCAAGCUGGUGUUCAAGAAGGCCAAGAAGGGCCUCCUCCCCAUGGAGGAUGGGGGGCAGAAGCUGCUGUCUCAGAAGCAGGGCUCCAUGGAGCUGGCGGGGGGCUCAGGGCUAGACGCCAUGGGCCUCCUCCAGGGUUCCUCCAGCGGUGGCGCAAAACGGGGCCCAUCAGCCACAAGCAACAACUACGACGACGCCAUGCAGUUUGUGAAGAAGCGGCGCUACCUCCAACACAUGGCCAACAACGACUACGCAGCGCCAUCCCUCCACAUGGGCCAGCCCCAUGCCAGCAGCGUGAUCCAAGGAUCGCUGGGACACCACAACGAGCCCACCCUGGCCAUGCUGGACACCUCGCCCCUGGACCUCAAGCACCACGACAAGUCGGUCAUCCCGGACGAGGUGCUCCAGAGCCUGCUGGACCACUACAGCCACAAAUCGGAAGGCACGCACCACCAUCACCACGAUGUGAACUUUGACCUCUCGGACCACAGCGGCCCGCACCACGUGACCCUGCAGCCGGCGGCCCCUGUCACCCCAGAGCUGGACGUCGACUCGCCCAACGGCGGCGACAAGCAGGUGGUCAUGAGCGAGUACUCCAAGUUCCUGCUGCAGGCCCUGGAGCGCACCAGCCACAGCGGGCCCUUCCCCACGCUGGUCCCCAGCGGGCCCUUCCCUUUGCUCUCCAGCACCUCCAGCCCCACGGGGCCUCUCUUCUCCGACAAGCAUAUCUACACUACAUCUCCGCUGGAGUGCGGCUACCAGCCCGCCGUCUCCUCGCCGCUGCCCAUCCCCUCCAUCUCCUCUUCUUCCUCCUCCUUGUCCUCCUCUAAGUCCCACUACAGCAUGGUGGUGGGCUCCCCCUCCCAGCCGGCCUUCCACCUCAGCAACCUGGAGGUGGCUGGCCACCAGCAGCUCACCCCGUCUCAGGAGCUCACCGAGCAGCUGGAGAAGCAGCACCACUCCCCCGGGUUCCAGCUCAUGCCUCAGGAGCUGACGGCCACCGGUGGAGCCCCCAAGGAGCAGGGGGCCAAGGGCAACGGGAGCAACGGCACCAAUGGCUCCGGCAGCUACUCCGACCUGAUCACGCCCAAGGAAAUGGACCUGCGGGCCACCUACCAGAUCGAAAACUUCGCCCAGGCCUUCGGUUCCCAAUUUAAGUCGGGCUGCCACACCCCGCUGGGCUACAGCACUGGGGCUGAGGUCGAUCAACGAAUACGAACUCCCGUGUCAGAAUUCUCAGGGUAUACCAGUUUGUUAGCUGACGUCAGUGAGCCAGUAAGUACAGGAUCGAAAACCCCAACAAGCCAAAGUUUCAGGUAA